GGGCAACCAAGGAGGAUGGCCCUCAGCAGGGGCUGGGGAAGCCUCAGGCUGCCUCUCAGCUCGUCACUGUGCAGCACGCCGGCCGAUCUGCUGUUGGCUGGGAGGAGGAGCCAGCUCUGCAGUGGAGCGUCUUCCAGCCCAGUAUGGUUCCUGCCUCCCCUCUGCCCCACCAUGAGACAGAGCUCCAGCAUUAGAGCCCCUCCCUCCCUCUGCUGGCCACUGCGCCGCUCUGACUCUUACUGCUCCAGUGAUAGCAAGAGCACAACUGGCAAGAUGUCAUCCUCUUCCUCCACCUCCAAUGGACAAGGGAAGCCUAAACCUAAAUCCCCCUUUCGCAAAAGGGGGAGUCUGCAGAGCACCACCAUUCCUGAUCUGUGUGGUGCAUCUGGGUCCAAGCCCCUCAAGCCCCAGCGAUCCCUGCCAGGGACGCCUGUUUCUCUCACACACUACCCGAUUGACCUGCGGACAUCCAUGGACGAAAAGUACAAAGAGAUUGCAGAGGAGCUGUUCACACGCAGCAUGGCAGAGAGCGACAUGCGAAGUGCUCCGUACGAGUUCCCGGAGGACAGCCCCAUCGAGCAGCUCGAGGAGCGGCGGCACCGUCUGGAGCGGCAGAUCAGCCAGGACAUCAAGCUUGAGCCAGAGAUCUUGCUCCGCGCCAAACAGGACUUCAUGAAAAUCGACAGUGCGGCAGACCUAGAGUUUUUGAAGGAUCAGAGUGUGGAUACUCUGGAUGAUGGCUUCAUGGAAAGAGAAAUGCCACUGGAGCGCGAAUACCAGCGGGUCUCAAUAUCUGGCGAGGAAAAAUGUGGGGUCCCCUUCACAGACCUGCUUGAUGCUGCUAAGUGCGUGGUGAAGGCGUUAUUCAUUCGGGAGAAGUACAUAAACCGAUCCAUGCAGAACUUUUGUAAGACCACAGCUCAUGCCUUAGAGGAGCUCGGGAUGAAGACUGUGGAUUUUGGAGUCUAUGAUGAUGUAGCAGAGACCCCUGUAGAUAAUGAUGCCCCCGUCCACGCACCGGUUUCAGAGACACACCCCUACGACAAUCUGGACCCUUUGAACAUGCCAGCAGACACAGGAUAUGGAUGCAAGAUGGUGGAUGGAGUAGUUCAUGUGUACACCAACAAAAGCAACAUGGACAAAAGUGCAGAACUGGACUUGCCAUAUCCUGACUUGAAGGAGUACAUCGGAGACAUGAAUGUGAUGAUGUCCCUCAUCAUUAACGGGCCAGUGAAGUCCUUCUGCUACCGCCGCCUACAGUACCUGAGCUCUAAGUUCCAGAUGCACAUCCUCCUGAACGAGAUGAAGGAGCUAGCUGCUCAGAAGAAGGUUCCUCAUAGAGACUUCUACAACAUCCGGAAGGUGGACACGCAUAUACAUGCAUCGUCCUGUAUGAACCAGAAGCACCUGCUGCGAUUCAUCAAGAGAGCCAUGAAGAAGUACCCUGGGGAGAUCGUUCACAUUGAGCACGGCCGGGGUCAGACCCUCAAGGACGUGUUCGAGACCAUGAAUCUCACAGCCUUCGACCUGAGUGUUGACACUCUCGACAUGCAUGCGGACCGUAACACAUUCCAUCGCUUUGACAAGUUUAAUGCCAAAUACAACCCCAUCGGCGAAUCCAUCCUGAGAGAGAUCUUCAUCAAGACUGACAACCACAUCGAAGGAAAAUACUUUGCACACAUAGUCAAGGAGGUGCUGUAUGACUUGGAGGAGAGCAAGUACCAGAACUCCGAGAUGCGUCUGUCUAUCUAUGGCCGCUCCCGAGACGAGUGGGACAAGCUGUCUCAGUGGGCUGUGAAACACCGAGUGUACUCUGAUAAUGUGCGCUGGCUUAUCCAGGUGCCCCGUCUAUUUGACGUGUACCACACAAAGAAGCAGCUGGCUAAUUUCGGGGAGAUGCUGGAGAACAUCUUCAUGCCUCUGUUUGAAGUCACAAUAAACCCCGCCAGUCAUCCCGAGCUGCAUCUCUUCCUCGAACAUGUUGUGGGCUUUGACAGCGUGGACGACGAGUCCAAACCUGAGCACCACAUUUUUAACCUUGACAGUCCACUGCCGGCCAAUUGGACCAAUGAGGCCAACCCGCCCUACUCCUAUUACCUCUACUAUACCUACGCCAACAUGACUGUGCUCAACCACCUGCGGAGUCGGCGAGGCCUUCAUACGUUUGUCCUGCGGCCUCACUGUGGGGAGGCGGGGCCGAUCCACCACCUGGUGUCAGGUUUCUUCCUAUCAGAGAACAUCUCCCAUGGGCUGCUGCUCAGAAAGGCCCCGGUGCUGCAGUAUCUUUACUACCUGGCUCAAAUUGGCAUUGCAAUGUCCCCACUGAGUAACAACAGCCUGUUCCUCAGUUACCACCGCAACCCACUGCCAGAGUAUCUGUCCAGGGGCCUCGUGAUAUCUCUGUCCACGGAUGAUCCCCUUCAGUUCCACUUCACCAAGGAGCCACUAAUGGAGGAGUACAGUAUCGCUGCGCAAGUGUGGAAACUGAGUUCCUGUGACAUGUGUGAGCUGGCAAGAAACAGUGUUCUUAUGAGCGGAUUUUCAAACAAGGUCAAGCGUUAUUGGCUGGGCCCUAAACAUUCCAAGGAGGGGCCCAUAAGCAACGACAUCCGCCGCACCAACGUCCCCGAUAUCCGCGUGGCGUACCGCAGCGAGACGCUCUCCGAGGAACUUCAACUCAUCACCCAGGCCGUGCGCACAGAGGAGCUGGUCACUAUCGAUGAGGAGGACGCUCUGUCCAUGGGCCCUCUGCCCAGUCAGCGCUGAAAUCACUGGCGGUCGGUUCUGGUAAACCUAGCAUGACACUGGAGGGGCAGUGUGAGAGUCAUUUUACAUACAGUAUAAUCCCCGCCAGCCAUCACUAUAGACAUAUGCCGCACAGCUACACAGAUAUGAAAACACCAAGGAUACAGUGCUGCUAGAGCUCCACAGCCUCCUCGUUCAUCCGCUUCCUUUGUCUUAGUCAUUUUUUUUAUGUUGCGCGAAUGGAUUGUGAAUCCAUUUAGUUGUUAAAAUAGAAAAUUUAUAUUUGAGUUCUCCCCACCUCUGUUGGUCACGGUGUCACAUUUAGCCUGAGGAGGAUCAGCAGGGAUGGAUUCGUGGCCAGUGUUUACCUCACCGACCACACAGCUCUACUCUCUUGUUUAGUCCACGGGUCGGACUGGCUGCCACAAAUGAAUCCGUGGAUAAAAAUAUUUUUGUUUAUUAUGAAAAUGUGGAGGGAGAGGUUAGACCACAGUUUGUCAUAUAAAUAUAUAUACAUCCAAUAUAGUGUGUAAUAUAAUGGAAUAAUAAUAAUAUAAUAACAUCAUCUGAAACACUGAUUCAGUGAUAUGUUUUCAUCAAAAUGAAUACAUAAGCAGUUUUUCAGACACGAACUUCAGAUAAUGUCUACACAAUGGGGGCUGCACUUUCUCCCAAGUUUGAUUUUCAUAGCUGAAGAACGCAGCAGGAGAUUCUCCGCUCAGACGCGCUCACAACAAUACAAAUCUUUCAGCGUUCAGCUGAGGGGUGGCGCUGCAUGCAGGAGGCGGGACAUGAUGUGUGAAGUCUGCAGCAGAGAUCACAUGUUUUUGUUUACAGCGCAUCCCCAUCAGCUGUUAUCACCAAAAGCUCCAAAAUGUAUUUUUUUGAUGACAACUUUCAAGUUGACAUCUUUGUCUGCGUCUUCUAGGCAUUUGGCUUCUCAUUUUCACCCUGGAUUAAUAAUAGUGUUCCAGCUUCUGGUCCGUUAUGCAUCAGAAACAUCCCCAACAUUGCCGACCUGCUUGCAGUGAAUCCUCUGGAUAUUCUCCUGCUGUGUUAUCACAUGAUCUUACUCUGAGAUUCUGCGGACAUUUUACUUGGGUGCUGGCAGGAGGAACUCCACAUAAUGUCCACAUCAAGUGACUAGGACAUUUGAGUUCUCAAAUACAGCCCCAUCAGAUGGUUUCAUGAAUUUAUCUGGAGAUCAAAACAUGCCUGAAAGCAGCCAUAGUAUUUCUGUAAAUUUAUACUAUAUAUUCACAGUUAUAUAUAGUAUAAAUUUACAGAAUACUGACAACCAACAUUUACACAUCCAGAACAGUAAACCUGUUCUGUUGUUCUUGUUUAUCCGUCUUCAUUAAAUGGAUAUAAAUAAAUAAAAUAAUUCUGUGAGAUUGUUGGUGAAAGUAUGACAACCCUACACAUCCAACAUUGACCGGUGGCAUAAGGUUGGUGUUGUUCUGUCUGGAUGCAGCAGUGCUGUUUAUCAGCCGUGCAUGGCGCAUGGUUUCAGAUCUUUUAUCCUCAGCCCUGAAAAAAAGACGCUGACUUUCUAUGGUCAACUGCAGACAUUCCAUAAAGCAAACAGAAAUAAGUUUCAGUAAAAUAAUGUUGUUUUGAUAUUUCUAUGAGAGAUAUUAAGGGAAAAUGUGUAUUGUACUUUAUAAUCGGCUCCAGUUAGUGAGGAGGAGUGUUGCCAGGGGAGAACCUCCUCACCUCUAUGGCCACUAUCACUCUCAUUCCUUUCCCCAGAAAGUCGUGGAGGUUAUUUUCCGUCUGCAUGCCGUGCACUGUGCAUAUGCACCACGACUCCACAGUGCCUUUUCAUUUUCAGCUUCGGGCCCCGCACGCCCACGUCCUCUCCAAAUUUGUUUACAUGUAAACACCUAUUGAAUAUUUGCUCCUCGGGCCAUUGUACAGUCGACCAUUAUGCUGUUGUCAUGUCCACGCCGGUGGAACUGAAACCACCCAGCUGCAUGCUUGGUGUGACAGUUUUGACCUUGGCCUUCUUUUGAGGAGAGGAGUUGAUGUGUCUUUAAUUCUCAGCUGUAAGUGCGUGUUUGCAUGCCUGCAUGAAGAAGUGAUGACAGGAGAGAAUAUGAGCAAAGCGGAAACAUAAAGCAUCUUAACUAAAUCAGGGCUGCCGACCAGCUUACGAGUCACACAUCUGUCUGUGGUGAAUAUGACAGCAGACAAAGGACUCGCCAUGUGGACAUGAGUAAACCCUGCUGGGUCACGGCUGUGAACGUCACAUGGUUUCUUGUAGCAUUUGCUUCCAGCUCAACCCCAAAUCUGGUGAAAGCUGGGAUCACACGUCUCUUAUAUUUGUCUCACACCGUCAUCGUGUUAUCGAACUACUCUCCUGUCACUGGACACUGUCCAACCUCCCACCAAACUGUGAACAUUCUUCCUUAACCUCGACACUACUGUCGGGUUAUUUAUGAUGCCAAGAUUAGAAGAUAGUGAAUCAGAAAACUUUUGCCUUUAUAUGAAUAAACAGCUGUAAUGUUUUAGGUGUGUUUGCUUUAUAGAAAAUACGAUUGAAAGGUGAAAAUCUAUCGUGAUUCAGGAAGAGAGCAUUAGAUUAGAAGUGUUCAAGGGAAGCACGGAAGUUGGGCGCUGAACCAGCUGGACCGUGAAUGAUAGGGUUUCAUGUAUAAAGUAUAUUUUUAAAAAGGCAAUAUAGAGAUAAGAAAUUUUAUAUUCACAAUUUAUGGAUGUCAAGGUUUGACACUUAGUUUUGUUGCCGUUGAUCAUGGAGUAGAGCCUAUGUCAUGAAAAUGCUCAAUGCUCUUUUAUAGUUUUUAGCUUUUUUUCAAUUUCUUUAAUAAUUUGACUAAAGUCUUUUUGUCACCUCUGUCUGUUUUAAUAUCGCAGCAACUGUUUUCGCUCAUGUUUAAUUUCUUAUCCCUGGUUGUUCUUAUUGUGUAAGUACACAUUCAACACUCAUGACAAAAAGCGGCAUGACUGAUACCUCUCACUGUAAAGCCAAAAACUGUCUCUGUUUAAAAACUAAGAUUCAUAAAACAUCUGUAAAUCAGCACAGGUGACCUUUUUUGUUUUUGUUAGAUGCAAAGACUGAUCAACCACAGACUGUGUAUAAAGAUGGACGACAUGACGGGUCCUCAAAGCAUCUCUAUCACCACCUGGUGGCUGGCUGCAGUACAGGUCAUAAACCCCACCUCCUCCAUGUUAGCGGAUGGGGCAUGGACCAAACCAAAAAUAUGUCAAAGAUGUAUUCUGUCAUUUCCAGUAGUUCUUGUCAAUUUUUUAUUAUAUUUUGUUCAAAUAAUAAUUUUCCGCUAAGUUUUUUGACUUUAAUUGAUUAUUUGUUGCUGAAAAGAAACACUUUAUGCAGCAUCAUGAUUGACAGCUGAGACUGACUUGCGAUUGGUCGAGCGCAGGUAUUGGCGGGACCUUGCUACUGCCCCCCCCCCCCUCGAUCGUUGCUGCACAGACUCUGCCUCCUAAUGCACAAGAUGGCAGCGUUCGUAUCCCUGGUUUUUUGUGGCUUAAUUUCUGGAUAGUUGGAGGAAGUGAAGACACGUCGUCCAUCUUUACUUACAGUCCAUGUGAUCCACACUGACUUGUCCUGAUUCCAUUACUCCACAGGCGAAAGCACAAAAUAUUUUUAAGAAUAUUUCUUAAAUUAUUUCAGCUUCAUUCUGUUAUCGACCAUUAAAUAGUUUCAAUGUUUAACAUCCACCCUGUUGACCUCAUUUUUGAUGACAGUCUAUCUGCUGUCAAACAUUAUCACAUAAAGCAAAUAGGAUCUGGAUUCAAAUGUUUUCCAUCCACUCGGCUUCCAUCCGUUCAUCUUCAUGUUAUUUACUGUUCUAACGUCCAAGACACCACAGAGUCACUCAUCUGUGCACUCACGUCACAGUGCACCCUACCUCACAAAUACUAAUCUAUGAUCAUGGUUCUGAUCAUUUCAUGAUAUUUUCACUAUUGACUGGUACCGACUAUUUUCUCAAUUAAUUGCUUGCUCUGUAAAAUGGGAAAAAGGAGAAAAUGGCCAUAAUAACUCCCUGUAGUACAAGUUUAUAUCAGAUUGUUUAUAGAGCCCGAAUAUAUCUGCUUGACCUUGAUUAGAAAAAAGAAAAGAUAAAGAUAAACCCACAAAUUGUCACGUUUCAAAUCUAUUUCUCACAGGUUAAUAGUUUACAAUCUAUAAUGAAAAUGUUCUGUUUCAGUUUUAUUUCUGUGCACUCACUUCACAGUGCAUUAAUUACAAGCUCACUCUAAAAUUGUUUGUUUAUUUGAUAUUUUUUCUCAUAAAGUUUUAUGUUUUGAUUUAGCCUGAUAUUGUGUCUGUUGAUCUGUAGCCACUUUAUUGCCUGAAACGGAUCACCAGUGUUUUAUACAUUCAAAUGCUUCUGCCUAGAUUCAUGUGUAAUGUCUGAACAAUGAAAUAAAGCAUGUUUAUUCACUUA